AUGGUCUCCAAUUUCAUGAGAAGCAGUUAUCUGCAAUACAAAGCGGACACCGACACUGUAGCGACAUGGCUCGUCGCUACUGCCAAGAGUUGUGGCUUCCCUGUGGAUAAACUUGGAGCCACAGCCAAUCCAACCUUUACAACCAACAACCCACCCUCGGCUGCAACUCCCGGUCCUUCUAAGCGUCUUAAAGGAAAAGCAAGGAAGUUGGCUCGCGAGGCUGCCACCAAAGCUGCAUCCACUGGCUCUCAAUCGACAACAUCCGAAGCUGCUAAACACAUUCUCGCCUUGAAGGAUUUCGUCGACCUCGCAGAAUAUAUCGCUGCAUCAACUACGCCGGUGAUUCGCGUGCCAGCAAGCUUUGUGACGGUCCUUGACCGAGCCAUCUCAGUGCGACGCAAGCAUGGCAACAAGGCCCGGGCCAAGCUCUCAACAAACCUCGAAUCGCGAGAAUCCUCCGACCGACACGAGUAUUUUAUCGGGAUUCUAGAACACGUCCGGCAGGCUCUACAGCCUCGAAUGUCAGAUGAGAAUGCCAACAACCUGGCGAAUCGAUUCGAAGGCCUAGAAGUUCAUGAGCCGUCCGAGGCGUUCCUGCAAGCCCCGGACGUUGCUAUCCCCGCCCCAGCAACCGAAAAGCCAGAGGUCAACUAUGAAGCCGAGCGCCUCCACGACUACGAAGAAGUGUUCUUUGCCUUCAGCCUGCUGCUUCAGGAUCUGCGAAAGAUCCGAGUCGUCAUCGCACGAACCUGGAAGGGCUACAAACUGCGUACCUUCGAUCUAGUGGCGGUGUCCCUCAUGACAAACUGUGCCAUCGACUUCGCCCGACAUUUGGAGGAGGAAAUCCAGGGCCUUCUGAAUGAACAUGGAGGUUCGAUCGCACUGUUGAUCAGUCUCUAUGAGGGGAUCUCUGACAUGGUCGGCGAGGAUCCGAUGCACCGGGAGCGGCCCGGAGACCCUUUUGACUUCCGAACCUACCAUAUUGCCGAGUCACUGUUUAUACCCACCUUUGUCUACCUGAAUUCUUUCCACCCUCUCGUCGACAAACACAGCUUUCUUCCAUGCAGAGAGACGUCCUUUCCCACCUGCGACAGGGCGAGCGACUGGGCGCGGAAAAGUGCAAGGGACAGAUUUGAGGAGGACAUGAAGGUCAUAAACGAGGUGCUCUCCGAAUUCGUGUAUCUACAUCUCCUCCUCCCGCAGCCGGAGCCACACGAGGACGAAAUCACGCGGGGGAUACGAAAGAUGUUCGACACGCACCAGGUUCCGCUCUGGCUGGUGUUCGCGUGUCAAAUCUUUCUUGACAUUCACCAUUGCCUGGGGGGGGAUGUGGAAAGUGGGUUUGAGGAUCUCACCAACACAGCCAAAUCUAUUCAGAGCUCGCUCGAGCUAAACCAGGAAUUCUUUGCGCACCUCCGCAUUGUAUCGUGGCCCGAGCAAUAUGACGCACGGAUCAAACGUUUUCUCGAGUUCAUCUCCGCGUGGGCUCGCUUCCAGGACUUCGCCAUGGCUUUUCAGGGCACAUGGGGGGCGAUUAUGUACGCCGCCCAUUUCUACAACGCUCUGCGGCAGGAAGGGUUACUGACGAGGCACUGGGCUGACAUGGAACUUGUCCUGAGUUGGCAUAAUGAGAUUUUUGUCGGUACCCCGCCCUGUCAGCCUAGCGAGUAUUUAAAGCAAUACAGUCUCUCCAUCGGCCUUUCCGCGGCAGCAUUCGCUCGCAACCGGCGUCAUAACCUUAAGCUACCUGGAUCAAAGGCCGGGCCAAGGCGCAUGCAGCCUGUCGCUCCCGUCUCGCGGAUGUUCUUCAGUCGACACUGUGAAGGAUUGGCGCCGAGCGGAUUCACUGAAUCCGAUCUCGAGACAAUUCUCGCGAAAUCUGCCACAUGGAACAAUGAUCAACAAGUAGAUGGAUCGGUUUCAAAGCAUCGUGCCACUGGCACCGGCAGAGGCAAGCCGCCUACCAAGAAGUGCUUCACUCGUCAACUCACCGUCGUCGAAUUACUCGAGACCUUGCGAGACACGAUUCACAACGAAGCGCCGGAAUUCACGUUCGAUUAUCUGGCCUUACACAGAAACUGCUGGCGGCUACUUCGUAUGGUCCGAGACAUUUGUGAUCCCCAUCUGCGCAGGGUACAUGGGGCCGACUACCUCGAGGACGAGACCGAGCUGCCGUUUCUCGUGGGUCAUUUUUUCAUGGCUGCUGCGGGGACACACCAGCUGAACAAGAUUCUGGCCGAGAAGGACGAGGUACUCAGCGGUGAGAUGAUGACGUGCGCCGCAAGUGUGGUUGAGAGCAUGAUCGAGUCAGAGGCUGGAUCUCUGGCCGUGAAGCUUCUGGGCCAACAAGGCUAUCAAAUCGAAUUUGAGGAGAAAGAAUAG